AUGGUGCUCCUGGACCACAUGCGUGGGCAUCGCAUGACCCAGAGAACUCGCCGUGACCUUCGUCGCUCGGAGCGCAAGUGGGUGGCAUUUGCCUCGCUGUUCUUCAUACUGGUUUCCAUAACCACAUUCUGCCUGGAGACACACGAGGCCUUCAACCCCAUCAUUAACCGCACAUAUAUUAACCCUAAAGACAACAGCUCCAGGUUUCACUUGGAGACAGAGACGGUGGUCUACCUAACCUACAUCGAGGGAGUGUGUGUGGUGUGGUUCACCUUUGAGUUCCUCAUGCGUGUCACCUUCUGUCCAGACAAAAAGAAAUUCAUCAAAAACACCCUAAACAUCAUAGACUUUGUGGCCAUCCUGCCAUUUUACCUGGAGGUGGGCCUGAGCGGCCUGUCUUCUUCUGAAGCGAAGGACGUUCUGGGUUUCCUCAGAGUGGUGAGAUUCGUUCGGAUCCUCCGAAUCUUCAAGCUGACGCGACACUUUGUGGGCCUGCGCGUACUGGGACACACUCUCCGCGCCAGCACCAAUGAGUUCCUCCUGCUCAUCAUCUUUCUGGCAGAGCAGAAUGUGGAAUGUUUUUUAAAUUAA